CAAGUCAACUUUUACUUCCUUAGUUCCUCUAUCCCAGCGCACAUAGAGGAACCGAGCGUCCAGCGGCUGCUCUUACUGUCAGCACCAAACGUCCUUUUCAGCUCCCAGCCUCCAAACCAUGAUCAGAUGAUAGAAGAUACUUUCUCUUUAUUUUUUUGUAGAGCAGAAGCGACUCGCGUCCGACGCAGCAGACAUGGCCGGUGUGGGGCAGCAGGGCGAGAUGACCGAGUACAGGAAGAUCCUGAUCAAACGGGACUUGGAGAUGGGCGUGGUCAUGACAGUGUUUCGGCAGAAGGCCGAGAGGCUCACUGUCCAGGUGAUUAUGGAGACCCGGCAGGUGGCGUGGACCCGCACUGCUGACAAGACUGACGGAGUCUUGGACUUGUUGGAGAUCAGGGAGAUUCGUCCGGGGAGAAACUCCAAGGAUUUUGAGCGCUUCAAAGACGGGAAAGACAAACACGGCGAGAACACCUGCUUCACCAUCUUCUACGGAUCCCAGUUUGUUCUCAGCACUCUCAGUCUGGGAGCGGAUUCUGUGGACGAGGCGCAGAAGUGGCUCACAGGGCUUGAAAUGCUGAGGCAGGAGACCCAGGCAGCUCCAACUCCAGUUCUUAUAGAAAGCUGGCUGAGGAAGCAGAUGUAUUCUGUCAAUCAGAACAAGACCAACAGCAUCUCUGUAAAGGAACUGAAGUCUCUGCUUCCUGUGCUGAACUACAAGGCCCCCAGCUCUCGGACGUUCAAGGACAAACUGCUGGAAGUGGGCAUAAAGAAAGAUCGUCUGGAUUUUGAGCAGUUUCAUAAGUUUUAUAAUCUGAUCAUGUUUGAACAGAAUGAGAUUCUUGAUGAGUUCAAAAGAGAAGCCUGUUCUUUUAUUCUGGGUAACACGGAUAAACCGGACGCCUCUGCGGUGCUCCUGCACGAUUUCCAGCGCUUCCUCAUUUAUGAUCAAAAGGAAAGCUGGGCCAACAAUCUGAACCAAGUCAGAGAGCUGAUGACCACAUUUAUCGACGACACCAUGAGAAGAACCAACGAUCCAGAGUUCACCGUCAGUGAGUUCCUCGGGUUCCUGUUUUCCAAGGAGAAUGCCGUGUGGGAUGAGAAGUACUCCGAGAUCAACAACCUGAACAUGAACAAUCCUUUAUCACAUUACUGGAUCAACUCCUCACACAACACGUAUCUGACCGGAGAUCAGCUUCGCAGCGAGUCGUCCACUGAGGCGUACGUCCGCUGCCUGCGUCUGGGAUGUCGCUGCGUUGAGCUGGACUGCUGGGAAGGUCCUGGGGAGCCAAUCAUCUAUCACGGCUGGACGAGGACAACCAAAAUCAAGUUUGAGGAUGUGGUCAAAGCCAUAAAUGAACAUGCCUUUGUCACCUCAGAUUUCCCGCUCAUCCUGUCCAUAGAGGAGCACUGUCCUAUAGAGCAGCAGCGUCAGAUGGCUCGGAUCUUCAAGGAGGUGUUUGGAGACAAACUCCUGACGGAACCUGUGGAGCACAUGGCUGAACAGCUGCCGUCACCCACACAGCUGAAGGGAAAGAUCGUACUCAAACACAAGAAGCUCAAUGUGGAGGGCGGAGGAUUCACCAAAGACUUCAGGAAAGGCCAAAAGCAGGGAGACCUUGAGAUCUGGGACCCUGUGGACCAGCGGUGGAACAAGCACUACUGUGUGAUCUCUGAUGACAAACUGUACUACGCUGAAGAGUACGAGCAGGAAGAGGAAGAUCCCAAGAAGUACCAAGACAUGCACUGUUCGGAGCCGUGGUUUCAUGGUCAGAUGAAGGAGGGCAGGCAGAUGGCUGAGCGGCGGAUCCAUGAGUAUUGCACAGAGACCGGGAGACGAGACGGUACCUUCCUGGUCCGACAAAGUGACACCUACGUCACUGACUAUACGCUGUCAUUUUGGCGGGGUGGGAGAGUCCAGCACUGCAGGAUCCGCUCUGGUUCAGAGGGGGGUCACACGUACUUCUUCCUGACUCCAAACCUGCACUUCCCCACCGUGUACUCUCUGAUCCAGCACUACAAAGACAUGCCGCUGCGCUGCCAGGACUUCGAGCUGCGCCUAACCGACGCCGUGCCCAAGCCGGACUCUCACCUCCAGGAAGGAUGGUUCUACAGUAACCUGAGCAGAGGCCAGGCAGAGGAUUACCUUCUGAGGAUUCCCAGAGACGGAGCUUUCCUCAUCCGACAGAGAGAAGGAGAGCCAGACUCCUUUGCCAUCACAUUUAGAGGUGACGGAAAGGUCAAGCACUGCCGGAUCCAGAAAGAAGGCGGCAUGUUCCUGCUGGGCUCCACCACAGAAUUCGAAAGCCUGGUUGAGCUGGUCAACUACUACAAGAAGAAGCCUCUGUACCGCAAGAUCAAGCUACGCUACCCAGUCACGCCUGAGCUGGUGCAACGAUUCAUCACCGAUGACAAAUGUGCGUCUCUGUAUGAGAUCAAAACCUACGUGGACCCCAACGAGAUCGAGCCAGCCGUGCCUCAAAACACAGUUAAAGCUAUAUACAGCUACACAGCAAAGAGGCAGGACGAGCUCAGCUUUUCCAAAGGAGCUUUGAUACACAACGUGUUCAAGGAGAGUGAAGGGUGGUGGAGAGGUGACUGUGGUGGAAGGAUACAGCUCUUCUUUCCGGCAAACUACGUUGAGGAAGUGUUUGACCAACGACAGGCUGACACAAAGUCAAAGGAGAUGGAGGACAACCCACUGGGCGAACUAUGCAAGGGCAUCGUGGACCUCUCCAAGUGUAACAUUCAACACUUAAAAAGUGGUAAAAGUGGGAAAUCCCACGUACUGACUGUGAAUAACACGGACCUGGACAGCGUGCAGUUCGACCUGGCCGCAGACUCUCUGGAGGAGCUGUUUGAAUGGUACACAGUGGCCUGGGACAUCUCUCAGAGGGCCAUAAGCAACAAGUACAACAAGGACAAAGAGAUGAAGCAGCAAGUGGAAGUGGAGAAGAAGGCAGAGGUUGCCAUGGAGAUGUCGGACCUGGUGGUCUACUGUCAGCCCCGGAGCAAGGAGAAAGACCGUUUUGACAGCUACACAUACAAAGAGGUGCGCUCCUUCAUAGAGAACAAGCUGCCAAACAAGAGUCGCACCAAGGAGUUCCUGCAGUACAACCGCAAGGCUCUGAGUCGCAUUUACCCCAAGUCCCAGCGCGUGGAGUCCUCCAACUACGAUCCUUACCCGAUGUGGGCCGUCGGCUGCCACAUGGUGGCCCUCAACUUCCAGACUGCAGAUAAAUGCACCCAGCUGAACACAGCCCUCUUCAACCUGAACGGACGCACCGGAUACGUGCUGCAGCCGGAGCUCAUGCGCUCCGACACCUACGACCCCUAUCAGGAGAAGAAGAAGGUCAAGUACCACAUCAAACUCAAGGUGAUCGCAGCCAGACACCUCCCCAGACCUGGACGCAGCAUCGCUAGCCCGUUUGUGGAGGUGGAGCUGUGUGGACACACAGAAGAGAAGUUUAAGACCAUUGUUUACCAUGACAACGGUCUGAACCCAGUUUGGAAAAGUCCGGCUGAGCCCGUGGAGUUCACCGUGUACGAGCCAGAACUCACCUUCCUGCGCUUCGUGGUGAACGAAGAAGACAUGUUCUCAGACCCCAACUUCCUGGCUCAGGCCACAUUUCCUGUCAUAGGCCUACGUUCAGGUUACCGCUCUGUACCUCUGAAGAACGGCUUCAGCGAGAACUUGGAGCUGGCCUCUCUGUUGAUCUACAUCAGCGUAAACCAAGCUGGGAGGGUCCAGGAGGACCUGUACUCCUCCUCCCGGCAGCUGAAGAGCGAGCAGGCGGAGAAAAGCGAGCCCUUCUUGUACGACACUCACAACAACAUUUCUCGCUCCAGUCUGCCUCGAGAAUUUAACCCGCUAGUGAGGGACGCCAGCGAGAGACAUAAAAAAGAGAAGAAGACAAACAGCAGUAAGUUCUAUUCCUGAGGCGCUACCUGUCCACCUGUUUGAGACCAGAAGCCCACGGAGAUCCCCGACCCGCAGUUUCAUCUGUUUAAAGUUUCCAUCAUGCCAUCAGUAGCAGCCUCAAGCUGCCAGAAAAUAUGUAUUUAUUUAUAAAAAUUAGGAGACCCACACACCUAAAUAUUUUCACGUCAAUUGGAUUUAUUGGGGGGGG